CACAGCUACAUCCAAACCCAGCAUCUCCAAAGCCAUCAUCAUUCCUAAACCCUCACCGGCUACCAAACCCCGGAGUUCAAGUUCCCGCAAAAGGAAAGAACCUGAUUCCCCUGUCAUUUCUGACACAUUUCCUUACGAGAAGCACGGGUUCAUUGAAGCUAGCGGGUUUAUGACUUCUUUUCUUAACCAGGGUCUUGAGCGCUUGGUUAACUUAUAUCAAGAAUCCUGCAAGCUCAACAAGACACUUGAAUCUAAACUAAAGGAAGCAGAAAUCACAAUCUCCGACCAAGGUAUGAUUGCGGCCGCCAAAUCUCGUCAUUACGAGGAGAAAUACAAAGCUAUGACCCAAGAACACCAAGUUGCUCUCAACAAAGCUACUCUUCAAGCCCAGGCCGAUCUGGAAGCCGCCCAUGUGCAGUAUGAACGGGAUAUGGUCAGCUACCGGGAAAGCCUCAAAAGUUCCGUCGUCAUUUCUCUCCUCCAAGCCAGGUUGAAGAUGGCUCAUGAAGCCAAAACAUUAGGUUUAGACUGCCCUUCUUGGGAUGUUGGUGCUUGGGAGACCAAGCUAAAGAACCUUGGCGGCACCUCUUCCAAAUCAACUGUCGAUGAACCUUCCAAAACAGUCGAAAAAGCAACCGAUGCUGAGAAGGAUACUGAGGCGGAUCCCAAGACGGAUGUUGCUGAAAGCACUAUGGACCAAGAAGGCACUACCCCCUAG